AUGGAGAUGACCCUUUAUUCCUCUUCAUCAUUCUCUCUUCCUUCAUCACCUUCCAAUCCAUCCCUUUCCCCUUUCACUUCCUCUUUCCCCUUCGCGUCUUUCAAAACCUCACCUUUCUCCAAAUGUCGCAUCAGGGCUUCCAUUGCCGUUGAGCAACAAACCCGGCAGAAUAAGACCGCUCUUAUCAGAAUUGGUACCAGAGGAAGUCCACUAGCUCUGGCGCAAGCGCACGAGACGAGAGACAAACUCAUGGCAUCACAUACAGAGUUAGCUGAAGAAGGAGCUAUUGAAAUUGUAAUAAUUAAAACAACCGGUGACAAAAUAUUAUCGCAACCGCUCGCAGACAUAGGUGGGAAGGGAUUGUUCACAAAAGAAAUAGAUGAAGCACUCAUAAAUGGGGACAUUGACAUUGCUGUUCAUUCAAUGAAAGAUGUUCCCACAUACUUACCAGAGAAAACUAUUUUACCGUGUAACCUUCCACGAGAGGAUGUUAGAGAUGCAUUUAUAUCAUUGAGUGCGGCUUCACUAGCUGAUCUUCCGGAUGGAAGUGUUAUUGGUACUGCUUCACUUAGACGGAAGUCACAAAUUCUUCACAGAUAUCCAUCUCUAACUGUGCAAGAUAAUUUCCGUGGCAAUGUCCAAACAAGGCUUAGAAAACUCAGCGAAGGGGUUGUCAAAGCUACGUUAUUGGCUUUGGCUGGACUGAAACGAUUAAAUAUGACAGAAAAUGUAACUUCAACCCUAUCGAUCGAUGAUAUGCUUCCAGCUGUUGCCCAAGGUGCAAUUGGAAUAGCCUGUAGAAGUAAUGAUGAUAAAAUGGCAGAAUAUCUUGCUUCGCUGAAUCAUGAAGAAACAAGACUAGCAAUUUCCUGCGAAAGAGCCUUCCUUACAACUUUGGAUGGGUCUUGCCGAACACCUAUUGCAGGGUAUGCUAGCAGAGACAAGGAUGGCAAUUGCUUAUUUAGAGGAUUAGUUGCUUCCCCUGAUGGAACUCGUGUGCUUGAAACUUCCAGAAUCGGUUCUUAUACUUAUGAAGAUAUGAUGAAGAUAGGUAAGGAUGCCGGUGAGGAGCUUCUUUCUCGAGCUGGACCUGGCUUUUUUAAUAGUUAA